AUUGAACACAUUUUGCAGGGAGUGUCUUACUGAGAUUUUCACUGGUGUCAGCUGCAGUGGUUGACUGUGACCGUGUUUAGGCUGUCUUUGCUGCGUUUUUUUGUUUUGUUUUUUUUUUUUUUUUUUCACAGAAAAAUGGCAGAAUACAAUAUUUCAUGGGUUGAGGAUCCAGUUGAGGAACUCAAAAAGAGAAAACUACAGACUACUCGUCCUGUUUGGUGUGAGUGUGAUGUCUGUACUUGGGAUACAAACAAAGCCAUCAAGUCUUGUCUGGUGUGUCGGAUCUCUUUUUGCCAAAAUCACCUCAAAGAACAUGACUGUUUCUUUCAAAGACACAGUAAGACAGAUGUCACAGGGCAACUGCAGGAGAUGAUCUGCUCUCAACAUGAUAAACCGCUGGAAUACUUUUGUAAUACUGACCAGCAGUAUAUCUGUUAUCUGUGUAUAAUGGACGAGCACAAAAACCAUGAGAUUGUAUCAGCUGCAGCAGAGAGGAGUGAGAAACUGAGACAAUUCCAAGAUAUCCAGGACAAAAAGAAGGGGGUUAUGCGUUUUAAACCAGCUGCAGCUGACGUGAGUUUCCGGCCUCUCAUUUUUUCUUUUGGACCAGACUCACUGAGCACCACUGUCAGUUAUCCCCUCUCUUCUGAUGCACAAGCAUCUGCCUCUCAGCCAAAAGAGAAACUAGAUAGAUGGCAAAUAGAGAAGAUAUAUGGAAUGGAUUGGAGCAGCAAGAAUCAGUACAGGAAGACAGUCAUUGACAGAUGCAAGUUUGUGACCGAGUAUAACCCUCCAUCUGAUGAAUGUGUGGAACUGGCUGCCCGUUACACUGAACCAGUGAUCAUUCAGAGGAGCAAAGAGCAGAAUGAGAAAUACUACCAUGAACAUGUGAAGUCUGCUCACGCUUCUGGAACAAAAACAUUGUCUCAACUGUUAUCAAAUGACAAGAAUCUCAGCAUCAGAAUAGACCAGCUGUUCAGUCCUGACAGUGAUGGAAACACACCGAAAACUGUUAUUCUCAGUGGUGAUUCUGGAAGAGGUAAAUCCUUCACGUUACAGAAGAUCAUGUUGGACUGGGCUUCUGGAGAACUUUACUCUGAAAACUUUGAUGUAGUUUUUCUGUUGAAGUGUGAAGAGUUGAAGUGUAUUUCUGAUGUGAAAAGCUUGAUUGAUCUCUUGAGCUGCAGUAGCAGUUUAACAUCAGAUCAGAUUUCAAAGAUAUUGCAGUUAACACCAGAGAAAGUCCUCUUCCUCAUUGAUGGAAUGGAUGAGUAUGUAUCUUGUUCACGCAUUCAUUUCAUACCACACACUAAUCCAUCCAAGAGAGCAUCAUCUAUGGUUAUUCUUAGGAACCUGUUGAGGGGUGUUCUGCUACCUGAAUCAUUCAUGCUUGUAACUAUGAGAUCUAUAGCUGAUGAUACAGUGAUGAAUCUCAUUGAGGGACCUCAGCGUUUCACUGAGAUCAUGGGUUUCUCUGAGAGAGGGGUGCAGGAGUACUUCCACAAGUUCUUUCAGGAUGAGCAACUCUUUAAGAAAACAUAUGAGAGUGUGAAGAAAAAUGAAGGCCUCCUGACUGCUUGCUCUGUGCCUUUGCUGUGUUGGAUGGUCUGUUUUUGUCUGAAGAAAUACUCAACUGAUAGUCAGGUUAUGGUGAAAAAACUACAGACAACCACCUCCAUAUAUGUGCACUUUGUGUCUGCUCUGCUGGAGCAUCAUGAUCAGAGUCAGUCUGUCCUCACCAUGCUGAGGAAUCUGGGUCAGCUGGCAGAGAGAGGAAUACAAAAUCAGCAAGUCUUUUUUAAUAAAAAGGAUGUGGCAGAGACUGGCUUAGUUGCCACCAAGUGUCUGUUCUUGUAUAAAGAAUAUGUUAAUGGAAAACCAGAACCAGUUGUCAAGUUCAUGCACUUCAGCUUUCAGUGGUUUUUCGCUGCUCUUUGGGUCCUGCUUGAUGAAGAAGUGUCUUGGUGGAAAGUCAGUGAGCUGUUGAACUUGAUGGGCUCAGCUAUAGUUGAAUGCCUAUCUCUUGAAAGAAGAUCAAAUCCCAUCCCAUCAGUUUUGCUGUUCUUCUAUGGUCUCUUAAAUGAGGAGGUGAUCAGCUCACUUUUUAAAACAGUCAAAUUAACUGUCUCUAACACCAUAAAACUGAGGAAAAGAACACUGAAGAAAACACUGAAGCAAAGAAUUCUUACAAUGACAACAUGGCAUAGAUGUGAACUAUAUGUUCUCCACUGUCUGUAUGAGCUCCAAAAUGUGGGGUUUGAAAGGAAAGUUCUGGAAGCUCACAGCUUCAUGGAUCUGUCCAACAUUUCCCUGAGGAGCACAGACUGUUGGGUGCUGCAGUACUGUCUUCAGUGCUGUCCACACAUCAGAGAACUGAACCUCAUGUACUGUGAUUUAACAGCUGAUAAACUCAAGAUUCUUCAGCCAGCACUCUGUAUGUGUGAGACUCUGAGGUUGUCAGUGAAAAACCUUCCAGAAGUUGGAGAUUUCAUCCAGAUUCUUGGUGAAUCAAAAAUCUUGAAAAAACUGAAAGUUCAAGAAGAUGAAUACAGCGCUGAGAGUCCCAGAUGGACACUUGACCUGUCAGUCACUCCUGGAGAAAUCUUGUUGACUUUGAGUUCCUCAGAGAAGAACAGAACCUUUUCACAUACUGAGACGAUGCAUUUUCACAGUUUCACUAGACUUAAAGCUAUAGGCCCAACCAUGAUGAUGUUCGCUUCUGAGAACCCUGGAAGUGUGAAAAGGGUCCAUGCAUCAUUUCCAGCAGUCUUAAACAUCAGUCUUACAUGUUCACACUCAGAGAUAUCCAGCACUGACUGGACACUCUUCUUACAGAGAAUCAGCAAUGCAGGAAAAUUAGCACAAGACUCUUCAGCUCUUGAGGAUCAUAUCAGUUUGCUGCUGUCUUCAUUUCACUCAGUGGGUUUGAAGAAGUUGGAUCUGAAGGUGUUCAGUCUGAAUGAGAGCUGGGCUUCUGGGAUCAUUUCCCUCGUCCAGACCUGCACCAGUCUACAGGAGCUCAGUGUCAGUGUCACUGGAUUGCUGCUGAAAGAGGGACUUGAGUUACUGCAAAAAUCACUGACGGAUCCACACUGCACUGUGACCAUUGAAGGGAGGAAGUGCUGUAAACCCACUGACCAAUGCACAGAAGAGGACUGGAGUCAGAGCUGUAAUAAGAAAGUGGAGAUUCACUUCAAACCAAAGGUUUUGGAGGAGCUGGAAGAGCUGAACAUCUCUGACUAUGAACAGUCUGGUCUGGAUCUUCACUGUCAGUCUUGUGUUCACAUUGUUGAUAGUGAUCAGUGGGUUCAGGUGGAGCCGUCAGUCUGUACAGAUGAAGGAGGGUCAAAGUUCAGGAUCAGCACUCAGGCGGGUCGAUUCGAGUGCAGCAGGACCAGAAUGCGAUGGGUCUGUUCUGGUGACGUCACUCUCCAGUACUGUGCAGUAGAUGGACGUUUCCUCAGUGCAGAGCUGGAGAGGCUUCAGUGUGAGAGAAUUGGUCCAGUGAUUGAUGUGAUCGUGAUCUCAGGGAAACUGGAGGAGGCUCAUCUGCCUCAUUACGCCUGUUUAGCAGAGUCUGACCCCUCUCUCACAGAUACUGUGAAGCUCCUGAACAAAAGAGAUGAAGGAAUAUCUUUACAAUCUGUAGAGUUGACCCGUUAUCAUGCUAAAAUACUCCAACCAUCCUUCUCUCUUAUAACUCUAAUUAUAAGCCUGUUCACACAGUGGGAAGAACACUGUGACCUUCUUAUCUACAUGCACUGUAAAGAUCCUCUCAUUCUUCAUAUCUACUUUUUUCCAAUGAAUGACACUUGUUCAAAAGAAUAUGUUGAGCAGAAUGAAAAAUCUGAUCAUCGGAUCUCUCAUCCCAGACCUAACGGACCAUUUCAGAUGAAAACGGCGCACAUUCUUGAGGUUCCUGGUGCUUCUGUGCUUCCUGAAGAGGGGAUUUCAUUUAGAACAGAUGUUGAUCCAAACUUCUUCGAGAUCAUGCAACGUCAGUAUGGUGAUGUACCUUUGAAUCUUGUCAGAGUGAAGGACAAUACAUCCGUUUGGAUUUCCACAAUAUGGAAAGCCAAAUUUGACAGGUUAAUUCAAAGGUUAACCUCACAAAUAAACAACAACAAACAUGAAGAAGAGAAGCAGAAGCCAUCCGAAGAGGCCCAGUUUGUGGAUAGGAACCGGGCAGCGCUUAUUCAAAGGGUUAAGGUUGUGAUGGCAAUAGCAGAUGAGUUAAAAAAUAAAGACAUGAUACAUGAUGAAACAUAUUUAGAGAUCAGAGCAGAAGGAACCAACCAGGGCAAAAUGAGAAAGCUGUUUGAAGCACUGCAUUCUGGAGGAGACAGAGUGAAAAAUGACUUUUAUUAUGCGCUGAAACAUCAUGAAAAAUUCCUCUUCAAAGACCUGGGUGGUGUGACAACUAAAAAAAAAAAAUGAGGUGGACGAGCAGAAGGACAGCCAGCUAAAAUGAUUUGAACAGUGAGUGUCAAUUGCAUGUUAUCUACUGUAUUAAAAUAUAUGUCAAACACUUGUGCUCUGAAAUCAAACAGUAACCACCUUUGUGAGCACACUUUUUAUGCUCAACAGAUUGUGGUGCAGAAAUUUACAUUAAUGCAUGACAAUCAAGUGUAUUUUUGAUAUGAAAGUGCAAGAAGAAGACCCCUGCAACCAAGACACGGAAACAAACAUGACCUGGAGAAAAGAGGGAAGAUGAAGCCACCUGAACAUAAAACAAUCUUAUAAAUGCAGAGGAACAUUUUACAAAUUACAAUUGUAAUUUACUCACUCUCAUGCCAAUGAAAAACCAUAUUAUUUUUUUCUUUCAUGAAACCAAAGGAGAAAUUUAUCAGAACAUGUUGACUUUGUCCUACAGCAUACACUUUUAUACAUUUUACAAAUGUAUAAAAGGGACCUUUUUUUUUUUUUUUUUUUUUUUUUUUACUUUUGUGUUCCAUGGAAGAAAACAUCCUGGUUUUAAUUUUUAGGUGAACAUUUUUAAGCCAUACACAUUUUAUGCUGUUUUAAUGCCAAAAGCCCAACAUUUUAUAUAUUGAAGAAAAAUUGUGUAGGAAUUACAAAGAAAUGAAAAGAAACACAUUGAAUUAACAUGAAAUUGAGAAGAAGAAAGACUGUAAGGUAUUUGCUUGUAAAACGUACUCCAAUAAUCUUUUUUAAUUUACAGCUUCAAAAAUAUUUUUUUUACAGUAUGUAAUCAUCUAUAGAUAUUAAACCUUUUAUUUUUCUUCCAUAUUUUUAUUUUUUUAUUAUUAUAAAUAUAUUUAUAUUAACAAAAAGAUAAUGAAUAAAAAACUUGAUCAAAUGAUCUUUUACAGAGCUUGCAAAGCAGUACUUUUAUAUUUGCAAACAUUAUGGUUUGUUCUAAAAUACUGGGUAUUUGGGUACAUUCAAACACCUGCUGUUAACAAGUAGAAUCACUGAAGGAAAGAGAAACAACAAAAAUGGAGGUGUCCAAUACAAAGCCACUUUGGGUAUCCUUUCCUGAGACAUCCUUAGUACAUGUCCAAGCCAUCUUAUCUUGAUCUCCUGAGAUAUGUUCUUGGAUUUUAUCUUUUUGUAUAGGUUGACAUUAUAGAUGGUAUUGGGCCAUUAGACGUUGCAGUUAUGCAACUCUUAUGGAAGGUCUCUACCUUGCUCAUCUCUACUUUCACUAUUCUCCAACAUUUAGAGCUGAUUUAACAUUGCUGUUGUAAAGCUUGAUCUUUGUUCUGAGGCUUAGCUGUUUAGACUUCCAGAUGGUUCUGAGCCUGCUAAAAGCUCCUCUUGCUUUAUUUAUUUGGGCCUUGAUGUCUUUUUGGGCUCCAUUAUCAGUGCUAAUAAUGCUGCUAAGAUACGUGAAAUCAUUCACAUCCUCGAUUGGCUCUCCCUCAAUUGUAACUGGAUCAGAGACAGGAGCAUUGAUAUGCAUGGCCUGCGUUUAUGUGUAAGCUGGUCUGUUUAGCAUAUCUGCUCAGUCUAUCUGACUUUUCCUAAAUGUGAGUGUGUGUGGCUGAUAUUAACACCAGAUCAUCAGCAAAGUCAAGGUCUUCCAAAUGAGAAAAGAGAGUCCAUUGAAUGCUAAGGACAUCGUUGGAUGCCGUUUGACGCAUAACCCAGGUAAUAGCCACUUUUCCACUGUCAGGCCAGUCCGAGUCAGGGCUUUUUUGCCUAGGACCUGUAGCACAGAGCCCAAAAAUCAUCCGUGGCGCUGCCAUCUCCAUACUCAGAUAAACUCUGCCUUUGUUCGUAACCCCUCCUCAAGUUCAAGCUGGCCCACUUUGGACCAAGCUAUUCGGCAGGCCAAAAACCCCUGGCCAUUGGCCCUGAGGAAGCCCCAACGAGGUCUGAUCAAGCCCCGGAAGUGUCAGUGGAAAUGUCACUGGCCCUGGCACGCACUAGCACGCCCGUUUUAGGCCAGACAAUGGAAACACAGUUAAUGGUGAUAACUUAAUAUGAAGUACAACAUUAAAUCCUUCAGCAGAAGACGAUUAAACAACUCCACAAACAGCUUUACCAGCUUCAAAUAUUGCUAACCAGUUGAAUUUAUUUAUUUUAAACAUACAAAAGUUCUUACUGAGAUAAACAAAGGUUUAAAUGUUGAUGUUUGGUUAAAAUAAGUUUUGUUAUGUCACCAUGAUGUUGAUCGGUGUUUGCUUUAGUUUUGCUCUUGAAUCUUGACUUUUGCAAGUGUUUUCAGUGAACAUUUGUGCAUUGCUUGAUAAAGUUGAAAAAGCAGACUGGUGUAUUUGUUUUAAUGACUAUUAAAUGACUGCUUUUCUGUAGUUUUAUGUAAAAAUUUCAGCUGUUGUGAUAGACAGAGCACUUGCAGCACUAAGGAGAUCUGUGUGAUGAAAAACCUACAACCUACUAAAUGUUGCGACACACUUAGACAUCAAACACUCAUUAUGCAAACCUCAACAAUGGUGACAAUCAAAAAAUAUUCAAAUCUAAUUAUUAAAAGAAUUCAGCUGCAUAAGUUAUUCAUGCUUCAAUGCAUGCUGGGAGCCAUGAAUGAGUUUUGUGUGCUGGCAUGUAGCACACUUAUGAUCAGUGAGACUUCAGAUAUAGACAGUGAACCACUCCACAAUGACAUGAAUUAACAGGCAACAUCACCUGAAGUUAUUCUGUCUCAGCUUCCUCUGACAUACUAUUAAAGCAUCCAGAGAAAAACAAACUAAAUCAUCAAGAUUCAAGAGCCCAACAGAAAAUACUGAUCUUAGUGAAUUCAAAUGUUUGUUCAAAAUAUGCAAAACCAUACCAAUAAAAGAAACGAGCAACAGGCUUUCAACUUAAUCAUUCAAUGAAAAACCAGAUAAACAGACAAGGAAAUCAAAAAAGCAGGCAGCCCGGGACAAAAACAAACAAAACUAAAACAGACAAACCAAACAUAACUCUGAGGCAUGGGCUAUAUGCACAUUUACUAUCAUUCAUUUUUUAUAUAUAUAUAUUCAUGUACAGCGCUCCAUCAGGAAGACUCCCUGUGCUACAGAUGGCCAGUACAUACAGCAUUAACCAGUUAAACAUGUCACUGGACACACCCAUUUUGCACACGUCGGAGAACCAGGAAACAUUUUCAACUUCUCAGUAGAGAGAGAAACUCAAGUGUUGUUGAGCUGUUUUAUGUCUCUUUGUGUAAAAUGUGAAAUGGCAGAAGCUGGUAUUUCUUGAGAUCCAUUACUGAACAUCCAGCA